AUGUCGUUGCUAACUGGAUUCGUAGUCAGAACUCGACCGGGCAAAGGCAGUUGGCUGGGGUACGUUUCCCGCUCUGACCCACGGGGGGCUUUACCAGCGUGGCUUGUUAACAGGGUAACAGCACAACUGGCACCUCGCUUAGUACAGCAGCUGCACGCAGCUGCUCGCCGCUAUCCCGGUUGGAAGGCACUAACAGACUUACCCUAUCACAAACCCUGGAUACAUCCGGAGCAGGUGCCUCCGCACAGGAUCUCACUGGCUGAUUGUGUCGAUCCUGACGCGCCUCCACCACCUGUAGAACCAAAACCAGACACAUCAAAAUCAAAACUGGUGGUCCCUCAACCCAGAGAAAUUGAAAGCCACAGCGUUGAAGACCUCGGUGACUUAUCAUCAGAAUUCAGCGUAGAAGUAGAAGAAGAUACCGUAGAUCACGGCCACGAUCCUACUAAGAAGAAAGGGAAGUUUUACAGACUUGUCAAGUCGAUGAAGAAUAGGAGAAAAAGUGUCCAGGUAGCCAAGAGUGCGGACAAUCUGGUAGAGAAACCGAUGGAAGAACGUCACGAGAAAAAGAAGAUGUUCAAGUUCCACAGACGUUUCAGUCUAAGCAGGGGAAAGGAGGAUUGA